AUGAACAUGAUCGUCUCAAACUUGGCCCUGACACACAAUUCCAUCAAUGCCACAGCAUUUCUUGCCGGCGUUUUCUUACAUGUCUUUGUGUUCCGCUUGGGAGAAUGGGACGCCGCGGCGACCGGCAUAAUAGCAUGUUUCAGUGCACUCUACGUGACCUCGGCCGUUGGCGGCAUCGCUUACCUGCCCGUGGAAAGUCAUGACUCGUGGAUGGCGCUCAAGUUAAUAUCUACAAUUUUCGUGAUCCUACUAGCCGGAUUGUCUACCAGCAUAUUUAUAUACCGCGCUUUAUUCCACCCUCUACGUCGGUUUCCUGGUCCUUUUCUGGCGCGACUAUCCAGCGCCUAUCCAACUUCACUGGCCUUAAAGAGACUCCAUUUCUUUGAAGAAGCUCAGAAGCUACAUGCGAUUUAUGGCGACUACUUAAGAAUUGGUCCAAACGAAUUGUCUAUAGUGGACCCUGAAGCAGUUCAGGCCAUUCACUCGAACGCUUCCCAGUGCUCCAAGGGACCAUGGUACAUUUCACAACUGCCUGCUGUGUCACUUCAUUCUACACGAAACCGUGCGGAGCAUGCGCGUAGACGCAAGGCGUGGGAUCGGGGAUUCUCUUCGAAAGCGCUCCGAGACUACGAACCUCGAGUAAUUUACUACACAAAUCAACUGUUGACUCAGAUUCGGAUCACGGAAGGACGACCAAUCAACAUUUCCAAAGAGUUUAACUUGUACAGCUUCGACAUUAUGGGCAAUCUCGCAUUUGGUAAAGAUUUCAACAUGGUGAAAACACAAGAAAUGCAUCCUGCGAUGAAUCUGCUUCACUCGACUACCAAGCUUGUCGGGAUAUUCAGUCACCUCUCGUGGAUAUUCUUGAUUGCGAAGAAGAUUCCGGGCUUGACAGCUGAGUAUCAUAGGUUCGAAAAGUGGCUGGACCAGCAGGUACUUGAACGUAUGGAAAACGAACCUGAAAUACCGGACGUGUUUUCGUGGAUCUUGAAAGAAUACAGAUCAAUAUCCAAUCCCACAAGACAGGACAAGCUAGACCUCCGAGGAGAUGCAAUGCUCAUAGUCGUAGCUGGCAGUGAUACCACCGCUGCGACACUGACCUGUUUGUUUUUAGAACUUGCUGUCCAUCCGGAAAAGUACAAAAAGCUACAGGACGAGGUGGACAAGUACUUUUCAGACAGGGAUGCCCCUGAUCAUGCAUCCUUGGCUAAGCUCCCUUAUUUGCAAGCGUGUAUUGACGAGUCCCUCCGCAUGCAUCCGGCAGUUCCCUCAGGCGUGCAGAGAAAAACGCCUGCAGAAGGCCUUCAGAUCGGACAGACGUACAUUCCCGGGAAUGCACUUGUUCAGAUCCCGUUACACACUCUCUAUCGGGAUGAGCGAGUGUUUCCACAUCCUAAUGAGUAUAUUCCCGAGCGCUGGACGUCAAGGCCGGAACUGGUCAGAGACAAUUCUGUCUUUGCUCCUUUUUUGAUCGGUCGGUAUUCAUGUGUGGGAAAGCAGCUCGGUUUGAUGGAAAUUCGCAACGUCACUAGCCAAAUCGCUCGUCGUUACAACAUUUGUCUGGCUGAUGAUCAAAAGCCAAAGGAUUUCUUUGACAAAGUAGUAGACGGGUUCACUUUGACUUGCCCGAGCUUGGAACUGGUAUUUACGCCAAGAAAGGGUUGA